AAACCCAUUUCUCAAAGAAGAAAGUGAGAAAAACCUGCAGGUUUAAAUCUCACCCCUAGCCGUGAGUCACUGAACCGGCACCGACUGUGUUACGGGGAAAACCAAGAAUUCCAUUUGAUUUUUGGCAAAAACAAAACCCAAGAAUAGCAUAGAUCUAGUUGCUUCAAGUACAAGAUUUCGCUUCCAACAGCUUAAGAAACAAGCAGUUUCUUCUUGAUAAAGACCUGAGAAUUUUUCUGGGGAUAAGGCGAAGGAAUGUAUGGUGAUUCCCAUGCAUUAUCUUCUGAUUCGGGGCCUAUAAUUCCAUCGAAUUUGAGGCCUAAAGAACAGCAGCUGCAGCAGGUUCUAUUCAUGGAUUCUGAAACAAACACAAAUUAUAGCCAUCAAAACAUUUCUGGGUUGGCGAGGUUUAGGUCAGCUCCCAGUUCCUUGUUUGCUAAUUUUAAUGAUGGAGUUGAAACUCAAGGAUUGACUUCAAUGUUUGAUUGUGGUGGUGAAAAGGCUGCUGCUAAUGAAUUUUCACAGUUGCCGCCGCAGUAUCCACGGCAAAGUGGUGUCCAUGUGGAUGGUGGCGGAUAUAGAGUUUCGGGUUUAACGAGAAUGGAUCAUCAGGGACAAGGAAAAAUGGGUUCCAGUCUUACGAGACAAAACAGUUCCCCUGCCGAACUCUUCUCUCACCACACAGCACAAAAUGGCUAUGCCACGGCGAGAGGUAUUGGGAGUUACAGAGCUAGUGCUAAUGUUGAUCCAAGUCCAUCUUCGAGCACAUUCAAGAAUCAUAUGAGCUUCUCCUCCUUAGGAAUGUUGUCUCGAAUCACAGAAGUCGAGAACGAAAGUGGUGGAGCUAGUGGCCUUGAUGAUACGAAGGUCGGAAAUAGCAACUAUGUUAAUUCAUCUUAUGGUACUGGAUUCCCAUUUGGUUCUUGGAACGAUUCUACGAAUUUUGGAGAAAACUUCAAUGGAAUUAAAAGGGAGUUCGAUAAUGAUGGGAAGGCUUUUGUGAAUAAUGAGAAUGCGGAGUUCGGAAGUAGGCCACAUUUUCUGUCUCACCAUAUAAGUUUACCGAAAACUUCGGCUGAAAUGGCUGCUGUCGAGAAAUUUCUGCAGCUCCAAGACACUGUUCCCUGUAAAAUCCGUGCGAAACGAGGUUGUGCCACUCAUCCACGAAGUAUCGCUGAAAGGGUAAGAAGAACACGAAUCAGCGAAAGAAUGAGGAAGCUGCAGGAGCUUGUCCCGAACAUGGACAAGCAAACGAACACAGCAGACAUGUUAGAUUUCGCGGUCGAUUAUAUUAAGAACCUCCAGAAACAGUACAAGACACUUAGCGAUAAUCGAGCAAACUGCAAAUGCUCAGCCUCCCAGAAGUCCGUUCCAAAUCAAACACGUCAUUAGCUACUGUCUCAAAAUAAAGGUGAAGGGGGAGAACACAAGUGCAAAAUCGAUUUUCUGCCCUAAAACCGGAGAAUAUGGAGGAGAAACUCUGAUUUUUUCCGAAAUUGUUUUGCUUAAUGUAGAAUAUAGUAUAAGAUGUUAGUAACUGUAGGCCAAUGGAGUCUACAAAUAUAUUUAGGAAGAACUGAAAGAACAUAUAUGCCAAUUGUACAUUUCUUCUUAUAUGCAGUAUUUUCCUUUUUAGGUAAAGAUAUGAUAAUUUGGAUAUGGUUUUGUUGUUGAA